UCGAAGAAAGAAAGCUAUAAUACAUCUCUAAACAGCUCUAGUAACCCGUCAUAGCUAGAAACGAUCUUUGUAGGCUUGUAACGCUCCCUUGUUCUUUUUUAAGUGGAGUGGCGCAUCCUGUUCCUACACGGUCUUCGGAGCGCCGGGUCCGCCUCCUCUCAGCUGACUCCGGAGCAACAAACCCGAACCCGCAGCUGCUGUCAUUAAAGCCUUUAGCCGGCCGGCACUUACAGUCUGCUCGAAAAAGUAGAACCGAAUCAUCGACCGUUUUUACGGGAUGGUAUCGUGUUCAGAUUCACCUCGCGAGCGAUGAAUAAAACGCGCGCCGAGGGGACCGGACGGAGACCGGCGGCGGGUGUGUUUGCUCCGUGCUGCUCAGUACCGCUUCUCGGGCUCGUCAGAGGAUGGAGCGCUGGUUAAGAGUUGGUGGCGAGCCGUCCGUGUCCCGGUGUCUCCUCGGUCCUGUCCUCGUCCUCUCGCUCCUAGCGGUGCAAGCGAGCUGUCACAGAACCUGCACACACACAGUCCCCUCCGGCCGUGAGGUUGUCCAUCAAGUGUACUUGAAGCCUGAGCGCUUGGCAAAGAGAAGUUCUCCUGACGACCUGCAGCUAAAGAUAAAGAUCGUCUACGACAGCAGCGUUGACCAACUUCCUGCUGACAAACGGAGACUGGUGAAGGACAAGCUGUUUCCUCAGGCCAUCGACUACCUUCAGAGGGCGUUCAGCUUGAGACGCAGGGUGGGACCCGUGCUGCUCAGCAGACAAUGUGCAACCAACCAGUACAUGCGGAAGAGAGGUGACCCUCAUCGGUACUGCCAGGACGCCUGCGCAGACGUCACCCGGUGCGGUCCCGUCGUCGUACCACAGCACCACCUGCAGCAAUGUAAGGUUUGCAGUGAGUCUGGGAAGUCCUGUGGCCCAGCGGGGCCCCCGGACGGCCCCGGGGUGGAGGGCUCAGACUUUGUGCUGUACGUCAGCGGCAUCACCACUGAGCGGUGCGGACAGGAGAACAUAGUGGCCUACGCUGCCUACUGCCAGCUGGAAGCAGAGCUGGACCGGCCCAUUGCAGGUUAUGCCAACCUGUGUCCAGCCAUGAUCUCCUCUCAGCCUCAGGAGUUUGAAGGAAUGCUAUCCACUGUCAAACACGAGAUCAUCCACGCUCUGGGGUUUUCGGCCGGUCUGUUCGCCUUCUACCACGACGACGAGGGCAAACCUCUGACCCCGCGCUUCGCCAGCGGCCUUCCCGCGUUCAACGAGAGCCUGGGCCUGUACCAGUGGAGCGAGGCGGUGAUCAGGAGGGUCAGCCGACUGUGGGACAUCAGAGGAGGAGAGAUGGUGCGGCACCACGUUCACGUCCUGGUCACUCCUCGGGUCGUGGAGGAAGCCAGGAGGCACUUCAGCUGCCCCAUCCUGGAGGGGAUGGAGCUGGAGAACCAGGGCGGUACGGGAACCGAGCUCAACCACUGGGAGAAGCGGCUGCUGGAGGUCCGCACCUUCUCCCCCACCCCGCUACGUUUUACAAAACGCCAAACAAACCCAACUUGUUCUUUCCUCCUCGUGAUUCCGCACGACUCUCUCCAGAACGAGGCCAUGACGGGCUCCCACACCCAGAACCGGGUGUUUUCCCGCCUCACGCUGGCUAUCAUGGAAGACAGCGGCUGGUACCGGGCCAACUACAGCCUGGCCCAGAGGCUGGACUGGGGCCACGGCCUCGGCUGCGACUUUGUUAUGAAGAGCUGCAAGUUCUGGAUGGACAGACAGAGACAGAGGCGGCACCCUGUGACCCCGUUCUGUGACACAGUGCGGGCCUCUCCUCUGCAGCUGACCUGCAGACAGGACCAGCUGGCAGUGGCUGUCUGCAACUUACAGAAAUACCCCCAGCAGUUGCCCCUGGAAUACCAAUAUUUCGAUUGGAUCCCGGACGUGGCUGCAGAUCAGCUGUCGUCCUUCGGGGGCGCUGUGGAGAUCGCCGAUUUCUGCCCCUUCAGCCAGGAGUUCAGCUGGCACCUCAGUGGAGAAUAUCAACGAAACUCGUACUGCAGAGUAUCGGAGAACCAGCCAGACUCAUGGAGGAAUUAUGGAGCGGAGCAGUACGGCCUGGACUCUGUGUGUCUGUACCAGAAGUCGGCCUUCGUCAUGGAGCAGUGCACCAGGAAGAUGACGUAUCCAGACUGGGGCUCUGGAUGCUACAAGGUUUCGUGCUCGUCUCAGGGCCUGACGGUGUACGUUCAGGACCGCUCCUUCCUGUGCAUGAGGAAAGGUCAGCAGCUGAGCGUCAGCGUCCGGGUCAACGACUGGGUUUACAACGGGGUCCUUCUCUGCCCCGCCUGCGCCGACUUCUGUGACGACUGCCCCCUGCCCCACCAGCUCCUGCCCAUCAACGCCUCCAGGAGCAAUCCCAUCGAUCCCUGCUCCAGUUCUCCAGGUCUGGCCAUCACUCUCUGGCUGCUUCUGCUCAACCUGCUCCCUUUAAUGGCUGGACUGCUGAUCUGUCACUGGAGCUGAUGACACACACACACACACACACACACACACACACACA